GGCUGGCGGGGCAACGCGUGCGCGUGAUUGUGUACCUGUUGGUGUUUUUUCACACGGUUGGGCUGUUUUGGGUUGUUGAUGUUCCUGCUGGGUAAAACCAGCCCAAACGGCGGCUGGGCAGCGCUUCACCUGGCCAGCUACUUCGGCCAGAAAGAAGUUGUUGAGGGACUGCUGAAGGCAGGUGUUGAGGUGAAUGUGCAGAAUGACCAGGGGGACACGCCUCUCCACCUUGCAGCCCUGUCAGGGAGAAAGGAGGUUGUUCUGCUGCUCUUGCGGUAUGGUGCCUGUGCCACAGUAAUCAACGGAGCUGCUCAGACCCCUAGGGCUGUCACAGAAGAUGAUGAAAUCAUUACUAUGCUGGAAGCUGCAGAGAGAAGAGAGAGCAGGAAGAUGGAGGAGAAACUUCUAGAAGCAGCAAGAGAGGGAGAUUCCUCCACCAUAGCUCAGCUGUUCAUCAGGAACAGGCUGCCAGAUAUCCACUGCAAAGAUGCUGAAGGCAACACGCCACUACACAUUGCAGCCUGCAGGGGGCAUAGACAGUGUGUGGAUGAGCUGCUUAAGAAUGGAGCCAGUCUCACUGCCAAGAACAGGAGCGGCCAGUCUGUGUUGGACCUCACAGAAAACAAUGAGAUAAGGAUUCUGCUGGAAACGUGUAAAGAAAAGAGUGCAUCCAGCACGGCCAGAAAGUUUGAAGGUCUGUUGUGGAAGAAGUCAAAUUUCUUGGCCUGGGCCUCACACUGGGUUGUUCUGGAGAAUGGGGACUUAAGCUGGUACUCAAAACGGUCUGAUGCUGAGUGUGGCGAUCGCAGACAGGGCUUUAAGCCUCUUAUGAGGGCUCAGUGUGUGGUGAAAGCCUGGGAUAAGUACUUUUUCACGCUCAGGUGCUGUGACGGCAGUGUUCAUCACUUCAAAGUGUCCUUUAAUUGUGGAGAACCGGAAGUCACCAGAAAAAAAUGGCUGGAUGCCAUAGAGGAGCACUCGGCAUACAGCGCUCGCUGUGGCAGGCCGGAAAACACCGGUGCAGAGGAAGAGCACGCAGCUGAAGAGGACACGGCUCUGGGAGACUUAUCAGACUGCCUGCAGGCAGCUGAAAGCUACCAGCAGAAGUUGGAGUCUCAGGUGGCUGUCUUCAUCUCUAUGGUGAAGAAUGAGGAUAACAACACGAGAGAAAUGACAGGUCCUGAGCUCCUGAAAGCCAGAGAGAUUGGUGAGCUAUGCCGUGAGACAAGCUCUGCUCUGAGACACUGCCUGGAUCUGCUCUCCAGACGUGAAGAGGUGUGGAGUGUGAAGUUGGAGCAGGAAGUAGAGAAGAAUAAGAUUCUCUCUGAGGCUCUGCAGACGUUAGCGACCGAACGUCACCGGCUCAAGCAGGCCCUCUCUAAAGACAGGGAGUCUCCCACCCCCAGCACGCUGACUGAGGAUGAGUUCUACGAUGCUCUCACUGAGCGGCUGGACCUCUCGCUCAGCUACAGCCUCCAUCCAAACCCCCAGGGCAUUGCCAGCAUGUCUGGGGAUGGUAACCAUGGCGACAAGGCUCACCAUAACGGAGUCAAGAAACACAGAAUGUCUCUUCCUGCACCCAUGUUCUCAAGAAAUGAUGUCAGCAUCUGGAGCAUCCUCAAGAAAUGUAUUGGCAUGGAACUGUCGAAAAUCGCAAUGCCGGUCAUCUUUAACGAGCCUUUGAGUUUUCUCCAGCGGCUGACUGAGUAUAUGGAGCACACAUACCUCAUUCACCAAGCCAACACUUCCACAGACUCCAUCCAGAGGAUGAAGUGUGUGGCCGCAUUCGCAGUGUCUGCUGUAGCUUCGCAGUGGGAGAGGACUGGCAAGCCUUUCAAUCCACUGCUGGGUGAAACCUACGAGCUGAUCAGAGAAGACCUUGGCUUCAGGUGGGUUUCUGAGCAGGUGAGCCACCAUCCGCCGGUCAGCGCGUUCCAUGCUGAAGGUCUGAAAGAUGACUUCCUGUUUCACGGCUCUAUUUACCCUAAACUCAAGUUCUGGGGGAAGAGUGUGGAGGCGGAGCCUCGUGGCAUCAUCACUCUGGAGCUACCCAAACACAAUGAGGCGUACACCUGGACCAACCCUACCUGCUGUGUCCAUAACAUCAUAGUGGGUCAGCUGUGGAUCGAGCAGUAUGGCAACGUGGAGGUUAUUAACCAUAAAACUGGGGAAAGGUGCAGUCUGACGUUCAAGUCGUGUGGACUUUUUGGCAAAGAGUUACACAAAGUGGAGGGUUACAUCCUUGAUAAAAGCAAAAAGAAGAUCUGUGCCAUUUAUGGCAAGUGGACAGAGUGCUUGUACACCGUAGAUCCAGCUACGUUUGACCUUCACAAGAAAGCGGAUAAGAAAUCUGCUGAGGAGAAGAAAGGCAACAAGCAGAGCAGCGUGGAUGAGGAACCCGAGGAGAUGCCUCCUCCAGAGGCCGAGACCGUGCAGGUCAUUCCAGGCAGCGAACUCAUCUGGAGGAUAUCGCCCAGACCUGAUAACUCAGCUCAGUACUACGCCUUCUCCACGUUUGCCAUGCAACUGAAUGAGCUGGAGGACGACAUGAAGGAGAGUCUGCCCACUACAGACUGCCGCCUGCGGCCCGACAUCCGCGCCCUGGAGAGCGGAGACAUAGAUUUGGCGAGUGCUGAGAAGAAGAGACUGGAAGAAAAACAAAGAGUGGCACGGAAGAACCGAUCCAAAUCGAGCGAAGACUGGAAGACCAGGUGGUUCCACCAAGGACCCAACCCCCACAACGGAGGGCAAGACUGGCUCUACUCUGGAGGCUACUGGAACAGGAACUACUCUCAACUGCCUGACAUUUACUAACUUAAACCUUCAGCACUACAAAAUCAUACAUAACCCACUGCUGUGCAUAACAAUUCUUAGCCUGUUUGGACAGAAUUGGGUUCAAAUAUCUUGCAUUUCCAACAUGAGGCAGUCCAUUUGGAGUAAAACUGGAAAAAAAGACGCAUGCUUGUCCACAUGACCAUUAUCUUCAGUGCAGAAUGUGAAUUAUUAUUGUAGCGCUGAAACAUGCUGCGAUGGUGAGGGAUGCUGUACGACAGGUAACUUGACUGCUUUUGUAUUUACCACCUUAUACAGUAUGCUCAACCAGGAGAUGGGGGCAGAUGGCAGUUGCUCUUGAAUAUGCAGUGUGAGGUGACGUUUGUGUAUACAAAGACUUGCAUUUCAACUUUAGAGAAAUCAUUUAUAUCCAUAUCAUAGAGUUAUAUUUCAGUAGCUGUAGCAUUGUUGUAAAUAAUAAGGGUAUAGAUGAGAAUUACAUCUCUAGACUUCCAAUCUUUAAAUGAAAUGCACAGUAGGCAAGAAGACACCUCAUAGUCCUAGCAGCAGACUAAAUCUGUUGUUUUCUUAAGAGAAAUUAGAUUUUAUAAUAGUAAAUGUUAUAAAGGCUAGCGCUAGAUCUAGACUAAACUUAAUGCUGUGCUAAAAAGGAAUGAAUCUCUGCCUUAUUUAGUCUUUAGCCCAGUGCUACGUUUGAACAAACUGGCCCAAAGUGGGUAAACCACAGAUCGCAGUUUGGUAGAUACAAAAUGUUGACAUAGUAGUUAUUUAUUGAAUUGUAUAUUGUAGUUCUUUGAUGGUGAGUAUUGAGAACCUCUCGAAGGUGUAGACCUGGGGUCAUCAAAUAGCGGCCCGCAGACCAGAUUUGGACGGAGAGCAAGGUUUCCGCAGGCCUAACCCAUUCUUUCAGUUCUACUGACAUCACGUUGAAUCUAUAAAAAGAGAUAAAACAUUGAAUUUCGUUCUACCACCAACUAUUGAAAUAUAUAAGCAUAAACAGGAGAUAUUCUAGCACUGUCUGAUAGAGGACAGACUUGUUUUCACAAGACAGCAGGCGUGCUGUCUUACACGAGCUGUGCUUCACAGCCAAAGUGUUCUUUUCUAAUAGCAACUGUUUAGUUGCAGAUGUGACAGCUGGAUGGUUGGAUAAGCAUGUCAGAAUGAUUGCAUAAUACCAGCAAACUAAAGCAUUUUCUAUUAUGUGAAUUCUGAAAAUGCACAUUAAAAAAUGUGAGAAAGCAGCCCCAGAAACUGGGAAAAUGCCUAAAUAUCACAAAAGACAGUUUUACAAUUAGAUGCAUUGAAAAGUGAUGACACAGCAGGAAUGAAAGUCAGGCACUAUAUCCUGUCAGAACUGUCCGCCCUGCUGGCCCUCCCAGGGGUUUGACAGCAAAGUGGUAGAGUGACUUCAGCCCUUAUUAAACAGACCAUUGUCUACCCUGCACAGCUUCUCUGGAUUGUUAAAAUUAUGUGCAGCUGACAGAGGGCUGUCAAAAAUGCUCUACCAAGAGCUAAUAAAGGCUCAAAUCUUUCCAAUAUUAUGCGCCACACACUCAGCUCACACUGCGCGGUGCGCCUCACCUUCAGGAAUUAGCACAAAAUGGUAGUUUGCGAAAGGUCUGCGUGCAAACCCUACUCUCUACCACCUCUAUGUGGCAGGCUAUGUUAUGUUAGUGGUAAGCUAAUAGUGGUGUAUGUUCACAGCUCUGCUUCGUUUAUGGCAGCUCUAUCUUAGACUUUGACAUGUAAAGCUUGUGAGAGGCAUUAUUGUAACACUGCAUUGGGGGUUUGGCCCAAAGAGCAUCUGCUCUGGCAGAAUUUGUUCUAAGGUCAAAGCUACUUGAUGACCCCUGGUGUAGACGAAAGACUGUGUAGCCUGAAGACGAAUCCCAAAUGUUUUGAACAUUCUGAACUUAGUUGAGUUGUUGGUUCAAUGUGAAAAUAAGCUAGACAUCUAUAGGACUAUUCAACACAUGGAAAUGUAUAGGUCAGUUUUCCACUCCGAAGCAUCUAAACUAUACCAAUGUAACAUAUGAGAGUGCAAUCUCUACCAUUUCUUUUCCAACGACUCCCACACCACACCCACAAACUUCAAAUUAAAAGCACAAAACUAUAGUAACUAUGCAAAACAGUCAGCAGUGUGCACAGCACACCGCUCGGACACCCUUUUACUCAGUGUGUUUGUUUGCUCUUUUGAUUAGCUCUGACUGCUGGGAAAUCCUGAAAAAAUCUAUUCACUUUUGAAAUUAGGUGCAAUUUCUCCUCUUUUGGGCAACGUGUGCUGUUACGACAGUAAAUCUUCAGAGGGUCGAGUGGGUUCGUACUUGAAUUCACCUCAGUACCUCACUACAGACAGGGUUCUUUUAGAGGUGCAUUAUGAUUACAGGAACCUGUACAGUGUUGGUACAUUGUACAGUCUGCCACCAGACUGGAGACACUGAAGCAUUUGAGCCCUGUAAAAUGCACGUUUUUAACUGUACUGUAAUCUUUGUGAAUAUCAUAGAACAGAAAUCAGUUGUUUGUAUUGUUGCUAAAUAAAGGCUUCCCUUUACUCUUCCCUAA